GCUGUGUCAUAUGACAAUAGGCAGAUAUUAGCACGUGAUGGAACAAAGUAAAAGCAAAGCAACCAGGAACUCGUUCAUCAUCACCUCCUUUACACAGUGCAGCCUCCAGAAGUGCAGCUUAACAGGAGUACACAGGCCAUGAUGUUUGGGAGCUUGCUGUUUGCAGUGUGUUGUAGUGCAGCACUGGCCCAUUUCAACACAAAUCUAGACCAGCACUGGGAGCUUUGGAAGAAGACACAUAACAAGAUUUACUCCAGUAAGGUUGAAGAACUGGGCAGGAGGGAGUUGUGGGAGAGAAACGUUGAACUUAUCACCCUUCACAACCUGGAGGCCACUAUGGGUCUGCAUUCAUAUGACCUGAGCAUGAACCACAUGGGUGACAUGACAACAGAGGAGAUUCUGCAAUCAUUUGCCACAACUCGUGUCCCUCCUGGCUUUAAGACGCAAGCACCAGAAUUUGUGGGCUCUCCUGGGGCUUCUGUCCCAGACUCUCUGGACUGGAGAGAGAAGGGAUAUGUCUCCAGUGUGAAGAACCAGGGUGCAUGUGGUUCGUGUUGGGCGUUCAGCGCUGUUGGGGCUCUUGAAGGUCAGCUGAUGAACACCACAGGAAAGCUGGUUGAACUCAGUCCUCAGAAUCUGGUGGACUGUUCCUCCAGUUACGGCCCCCAGGGCUGCAAUGGUGGUUGGAUGAAUGAUGCCUUCCAUUAUGUUAUUGAUAAUGGAGGAAUAGACUCUGAGUCAUCUUACCCUUAUGAAGGAGUGCAAGGGACUUGCAGAUAUGAUCCAUCCAAGCAUGCAGCAAGCUGCAGCAAGUACUACUCUGUCCGUAAAGGAGAUGAGGAGGCCCUGAAGCAGGCUGUUGCCAACAUCGGGCCCAUUUCAGUGGCCAUUGAUGCCACCCGCCCUCAGUUUAUCAUGUACCACAGUGGAGUUUACAAUGAUCCAUCUUGCAGCAAAAUAAUAAACCAUGCUGUGGUGGUUGUGGGAUACGGUGCGAUUGCUGGACAGGACUUUUGGCUGGUCAAAAACAGUUGGGGUACUGGAUUUGGAGAUGGUGGCUAUAUCCGUAUGGCCAGAAACCAGAACAACAUGUGCGGCAUCGCCUCAUACGCCUCUUAUCCGAUUAUGUAACUGUAAAACCCAUGUUGAAAUCUAUGAAUAUAGAUAAGAAAUAUGUAAAUUUCUUACCUUUAAAUGAGUGUUCUAAAUAUUUGUUUUUGUUGUCAAAUUUCCAUUGUCUUUUUAAAAAAAUCUAAAUGUAUUUUAAGAAUGUCUUACAGUAUAAAUAUGAAAUAUUUUCUCUCUUGUAAAGCUUUAAAAGAAAAAUUGCUUUCACUCUAUUCAGUAUAUUUACAAAUGACUUUGUUUUAUUCAGUGCAACAUCACAACGAACAGUUUCACAUGAGGUAUUAAAGGAUUUUUCAAGAUCAGCACACAA